AUGGAGGAUUGUCCCACCAAAUUUGUUGAUUUCCUCGACUGCUGCCUCGGCCGCCGAAAGAAAGAAGAGACCAUCGAACUAACACCGCAGAGCAACACAUACGGGCAAAAGCUGAUGGAGACUCUGGACAACAAAGGGAGACGGAACGGGGCGAAGCCAGCGAAGGCCGACAUCUCUAAGCCUCUACCCAUGAACCCACCAGGUAGGGCCUCUCUUGACUUGGGCAAAGCCCGCCGCCCAUCUGCAGACCUGAGUGACCUUGUAGGAAGCGACGGCGAAGACACACCCGCCCCACACAACUACGACCGCGCCUGGUACGAAAUGCUGAGCAGCCUCCACAGUGCGCUCAAGCACACGCGGUACUCGAUCAGCGGCAGGAUGGGCAUGUCGGUCUGGGGCUGUGCCAACGGCGCCAAGACCGGCCUGUCCGUCGUGUGCCCCAUCGAGUCCCGCGAGGCCGUCAGGAUCUGGUGCAUCAGCACGAGCGGCCGCUUCAGCAUCACCGAGGCCGAGCCCGACAUCCUCACCUUCCAGUCGCCCGGCACCCCCCAGAGCCCGUCCCGCACCUGGCGAAUUAGGAUACGCUGGCUGCGCGAGGCGACGUUCGAGGCCAUGCCCAAGGUCGAGAUGGCGCUGCGGUACGACGACGGCAACCCCUACGCGGGCGAGCAGGUCGCCGAGGUCAACGUGCUGACGCUGCCGGCCCUGCUGGACAACUGCGCGGGCGCGUGGGCCGACCACCUGCGCAGGCACGGCGAGGACGACAGCCGCCUCCGGGGAAUCGAGGACGACGUCUUCUCUAUUCUUGAGCGCAUCAUGGACCUUAACUUCGCCGAGGAGGGGACCGGCCCGUUGACAGAGUAUGAGUGCAGGCACGUCACCAGGACUGCCUUCUGGACUCCAUUCACGAAGAAGCACCCAGACUCCCCCGCCAUGUUCGCCCUGUGCGGCCUUCCGAUGCCGCAGCCGAAGCCGAUCGCGACAACCCAGCCUGGCCCCAACGCAGACAUGGUCUACUCGGCCGACGGCCGCUUCACAAACCCCCGCCCCGCUCCUCCUCCUCCGGUCCCACCCAAGGACAAUGGCCGCGACCUCACCUCCAACGUGAAGCGCAAGCCUGAGGCGGAGGCUGAGCCUGCGCCCCGCCGCCGCGUCUCGUUCAUGGACCUGUUCAAUUCUCCCGGUCGCAAGGAUGCCAAGGCAGCGCACGCGGAGCGCGAGAGGCGGCACACCGAGGACGCGAGGAGGCUCGAGGAGGAGGUGCGCCGCGGAGCGCGCAGGCUGGACGAGAGGGAGAGCGAGCGGAGGAGUCGCAGGGAGGGGCAGACGACCUCCCGUCACGGGAAGGGGAAGGAGAGCGAGAGCCGCCGGCGAGAGGGUGGGAGUAGCAAAGACAGCCCGCGUCUGAAGGAGGCGCCGUCCAGGCCCAAGGAGCACCGGGACCGGGACCACCACCGCAGGGACAGCACCCCGCGGUCGUCGGUGUCCUCUUCUUCUCGGCGGCCCAGCUCCAGGUCCAGCAGUGCUCGUGACGGCACCAAGGUGAGUGCCUUCGACCCGUCGGCCCUGGAGCGGACUGCCUCCGGCAAUGGGCGUAUUCCCCGGCGCGGGCACUUCGCUGAUCUGUUUAUUGAAGACGAUGGGGAAGCUUUGUAA